CCUGUUGCUCCUGCUGCAACCAGACUGUUCCGUUUCUCAGGAUACCAUCAGCUUUUCCCAAAGCUUUCUCCGUCUUUAGAUCCUUCCACUAGAUUCCUCACACUGACCUGCAAGAUCUCUGGGCACAGGGUAUUUAGUCUUGAAAAUGAUAUUGGACAAGGCAAUCACUCCUGAAGAGGUAACUGCUUCUCUCAUAAUUUUGGUGAUAGUUUUUGUUUUUGUGAGAGCACUCAUGAGUAAGGGGAGAAAGCAGGUAUCUCCUCCCGGCCCAUGGUCCUUCCCCAUCAUAGGAAAUCUUCUUCAGCUUGGAGACCAUCCUUACCUUACGUUCAUAGAGAUGAGGAAGAAAUAUGGAGACGUCUUUCUCAUCAAACUUGGCAUGGUGCCUGUUGUGGUGGUGAAUGGAAUGGAAAUGGUGAAGCAAGUACUACUCAAGGAUGGAGAGCAUUUUGCAGGCAGACCUAAAAUGCAUACAUUUUCUUUUCUGGCAGAAGGAAAGAGUUUUUCAUUUUCAGUCAAUUAUGGAGAGAGUUGGAAGCUUCAUAAGAAAAUAGCGUCCAAUGCUUUACGAACUUUUUCUAAAGCAGAAGCAAAAUCCUCCACCUGCUCUUGCUUGCUUGAGGAACAUGUCAUUGAGGAAGUUUCUGAGCUGGUAAAGGUCUUUGCAGAGUUGACUUUGAAGAAGGGUAGCUUUGAUCCCAGAAAUGCCAUCACAUGUGCAGUGGCCAAUGUUGUCUGUGCCCUUUGCUUUGGCAAGAGGUAUGACCAUAAUGAUGAGGAGUUUCUUAGGAUAGUUAAAACUAAUGAUGAUUUACUCAAGGCCUCCAGUGCAGCUAAUCCUGCCGAUUUCAUACCAUGUUUUCGCUACCUUCCACUGCGGAUUAUAAAUGCUCCUCGAGAGUUUUAUCAGGCCCUGAAUGAGUUUAUUGCACUACAUGUACAAGAUCACCUUACUACGUAUGAUAAGGACCAUAUGCGAGACAUUACUGAUGCUUUGAUUAAUACCUGCCAUAAAAAAUAUGCCACUACCAAAACAGCCACCUUAAAUGACGAUGAAAUCAUAAGCACUGUGAAUGACCUCUUUGGAGCUGGGUUUGAAACUGUAUCAACAUGUCUGUACUGGAGCUUUCUUUAUUUGAUACACUAUCCAGAAAUUCAAGCCAAAAUUCAAGAAGAAAUUGAUGGAAACAUUGGUCUAAAACCACCCAGAUUUGAAGACAGGAAAAUGUUACCCUACACAGAAGCUUUCAUAAAUGAAGUAUUCAGACAUGCCUCCUUUAUUCCUUUUACUAUUCCACAUUGUACCACAGCAGACACUACUCUGAAUGGCUAUUUCAUUCCCAGGAAUACAUGCACCUUUAUUAACAUGUAUCAAGUAAACCAUGAUGAAACUAUCUGGGAUAAUCCCAGUUUAUUUAGUCCUGAGAGAUUUCUAAACGAAAACGGGGAACUGAAUAAAAGUCUUGUGGACAAGGUCCUGAUAUUUGGAAUGGGAAUCCGGAAGUGUCUGGGGGAAGAUGUUGCACGGAAUGAGGUAUUCCUUUUCAUCGCCAUGGUUCUGCAACAGCUCAAGCUGAACAAAUGCCCCAGGGCCGAGCUGGACCUGACGCCCACGUAUGGCUUGGCCAUGAAGCCCAAACCGUACCAGCUACAAGCAGAGCCUCGCUCCACUGGUAGUGCAUCCUAGAUUCUCAGACUGGU